CCACGCCCCAAUUCCAACAGCAAGGAGCUGCAAUGCCCAAAUCCUCAUCUCAUGGAGCAAAUAGAUCUAUUCCAACUUCCUCCAAACAAUUGGAUGCGAAAGGUAAAGCUGUGAGUUCAAAUCAUCCCACUUCUACUGCAGCCACCCAACACAAGACAAGCAAGAUUGAGUGUUUUAAGUGUGGUGGUCAUGGGCAUAAACAAGCUGAAUGUCCCAAUCGUCGUACUAUUAUUGCACUUGCUGAUGGUUCUUAUGAUUCACAAAGUGAAGAGGAGGAUGAGUUUUCCAAUGUAUUUGCAGAUCUUAAUCUUGACACUUGUGAGUAUUCAGCAGAGGAUGGUACAGUUGAGCUAGGUCUGAAUUGCUUAGCCAUUCAACCUAUUCCAACUUUUGCUCACAAUGACAUGUUACAAAAUGUUAUUUCUCCAUCUUCUGAUGAGAUUACUAGUGCUGAUUUUGAUGAGUUGCUUGCUGAUUUUCCUGAUUUGGAGCCUUCUACAAUGAAUACACCAUCUCCUUCUUUGGUGGUUAGGAGAGUUCUUUCCACUCAGUUUGUUGCUGCUGAACAAGGACAACGCCAUAAUUUGUUUCAGGUCCGAUGCAAAGUGAAAGGCCAAGUGUGCCAUUUCAUCAUAGAUGGUGGGAGCUGCAAUAAUAUUGUUGGUGCUUUGCUUGUUGAGAAGCUUGGUUUGCAGCCACGUCGCCAUCCACAUCCAUACCAUAUGCAACGGUUGAAUAAUUCCGGCACAGUUAAGGUUUCAGCCAUGAUUCGUUUGUCAUUUUCCAUUGGUGAUUAUCAUGGAGAGGUUGAUUGUGAUAUUGUCCCCAUGCAAGCAUGCCAUUUGCUGCUUGGUCGGCCCUGGCAAUUUGAUGUGGACUCAGUGCAUUUUGGACGGUCUAACAAAUACACUUUCAUUCACAAUGACAAGAAGGUGGCUCUUGUUCCAUUAUCUCCAGAGGAGAUACAUACUUCAGAUAUGGCUCGCAAGAAAAGAGAGGAAUCAGACAAAAGAAAAUUGAGUGAGAUCCCCAACCCAAGUAAGGGAGAGAGUUCUAACCCAUCCAGCCACAUAAAGCCUCAUUCCAAUCCUAAACAGCCACGCCACACUGAGUGUCUUUUUGUGAGCAAGAGUGAUUUGAGAGAAGUGAGAAACACCAUAGCACCAUUCUUUGUGCUCUUGCACAAGGAGGUCCUACUUUCAACUAAUGAUUUACCUUGCUCGUUGCCCAGUCUUCUUCUUGAUUUGUUACAGGACUACGAGGAUGUUUUCCUGAUGAGGUACCAGCUGGACUUCCCCCACUUCGCGGCAUUGAGCAUCAAAUUGACUUGGUCCCUGGUGCUUCUCUUCCCAACCAUCCAGCAUACCGCACAAAUCCCGAAGAAACAAAGGAAAUUCAGCGACAGGUAAAAGAGCUUUUGGACAAAGGGUAUGUUCGU